AUGUACUUAGUUGUGGAUGACCGUUUCAAACUCCUCAGUCUCGGUGUUCGCGAUGGCAUAGACGCCGGCAACCAGAUCGGCGCAGCUGUCGAGAGUCUCACAAGUGCCUACUCAGUCUGUUCAUCGGCAUCGGGCAGAGAUCAGGAGGAGGAUUGGUUGGGUUCGUCGUCCAAUCAAUUGUCUUCUGCGCUGGCUGGGCUGGUACAGGCUACACGGUGCAUAGCCGCCGCAGACGCCGCAACUCCAAGUGGUGUCUCAGAUGAGGUGCUCAACGAGUUCCUCCACUCCUCUGUCCUCUCCACCCAGAUCGCCUACCAACUCGUUUGCGAGUCUCGAAAGCUGGAGGUGCUUGAGCCCUCACAGCCGCCCGAAGCCCAGGCUAAUAUUCUCCAGAGAAACGCUGAAGUGAAUACCAAGUGCCGCGCUUAUGUCCAGGAAUUGACAGCCGCCUUAAAUUCCUGUCUGCGUGGCCUGCCUGGCCAGCGAGAAAUCUCAGAGGCGUCUAUUCUAGUGAAGCGGCGUCGUAAUGAUCUGGUCCGGUUUGCCGAGGACCCUACAGUCAUUGAGUUCCGUGCUACUGACCAAGUAUCAUCCGCUGACACAAGGACGGAUUUUACGGGUGCAGCGGUGGAGUUUAACCAGGCUACUGUUGAACUCACCUCUUGCUACACGCCUACUAACUUCGGGCGCUCUUCCCUACGCUUCGCCGGAGCUUAUGAC